AUGGACUCGAGUCAACCAGCCUUGCCGGAGCCAUCUUUAUUGGAGAUAUUUCGGUUCCAGUGCCCUAAUGUCUACUUCAAGAGUUCACCCAGUGAUAUGCCUAUCGGGGGGAUAAAUGUCAUUGAAUCUGCGAAUGACCUUAUUGAUAGCCGAGCGCCUGGCUUCCUUCGAAUUUCCCUCCCAAGCUGGGAAAACUAUGGCCUUUUCUCCAAUUCACCCUUGCCAUAUGGAUCUGAGGGAAAGCCCCGAAAUGAGUACGAUACUCUGUAUCCUCUGGCUCAUUUGCGUAUGGCCCAGGAAGUUUACUUACGUCUUUUUCAAAUUGUUCAAUAUCUUCAUGUUAUCAGGCGUAUGCAUCUGCUGAAGCUUGAAAGAGUGCGAGGUCAAAGAAUCUCUCAGAAGCGAGGUCAACGCGUUGAUGGCCUUGCCAUCAACCUUACGCUGGCCGAAAUGUACAGUGAUUGGGAGACAGUCGAAGAGGAGUUACGUUCUGUGAGAAAACUACAGUUUCGAAAAGAAAACAGGCUGGCUAGAAGAUGGCUAUUGGUGGCGACUCGGCUCUCCUUUGGCGCGCUUCUGAUCUGUUCCAAGAAGCUCGAACGAGAAAUAAACAACAAUCAUACUAAAGAAAGCCAACUCAUCGCUCGGGCUACGAACAUUGCCAAUGAUUUUCCGGAUAUUGUUGAAACUUACCAGCAUCUUAACCUGACGGCAAUGUGUUUGUUAAACCAGAGGCCGAUAUCGCAUACGACUAACAUUGACUUAAUCGUCAACCGGGUAGAUGCGCACCUUAAAACAGCAGGAUCAGCGGAAACCACCCCUGUGGAGUUCCCAUUUUCCACAUACCCCGAGGAGGAAAGCAAUAGCGAAUCGCCACUUAGCAACGCUGCUAGCAACCCUUGA